AUGUACGGCCUACCGUUGACGCCCACUUUCCUGCGCCUGCGCUGCCUGUCGACAAGCAGGCACGACUGGCUACGAAACUCACUUGCCCGAGCUUCCCAUGCCAGCCGCCACUACAUCAAGUAUUCGCCUCAACCGCCAGCGUCGGCUGCCCGCCGCCAAGUCGGCCCGCGCCCAGUCGUCUGCCAGCUCGUGCAAGUCUACAAGUGUUGCGCUGUCUAUGCAUUUGUUCCUGGCCACCAGCCUGAUAGCAGAUGUCAGAUCCGCGCCACUAACCAUGCCGUCACAAGAAGGAGCGGUGCCAUCAGCAAGCGCACAACACAGGGCGGCCGCGCUUCACGUUACCAUCGCCCCAGCCGCACUGCUGCGCUGGUGUCGUUGAUCUCGUCCCCAACCACGACCACCGAGCCGUCGACUAGCUGA